CACCUCCAAGUGCGCCUGCGCCAUCCCCGGGGAUGUGUGGGGAGGGGUCUGGGGGGGAGGAGGGAUGCCCCAGCGCGUCAGCCACCUGCUCUGCACCCCUCUGUCAGGGUCCGGUACUGGGACCUCCUGCUGCUCAUUCCCAACGUGCUCUUCUUCAUCUUCCUGCUCUGGAAACUUCCAUUUGCUCGGGCCAAGAUCCGCGUCACCUCCAGCCCCAUUUUUAUCACCUUCUACAUCCUGGUGAGUUCAUUCCCAUUGGUGACAGAAAACCCCAACGCCCACAGGUUGGAGCCAAAAAAAAAAAAAAAAAAAGGGGAAUCCGUCCCCAUCUCCAGCUGUGUGGACGCCACCACUUUCCUCUACUUCAGCUUCUUCGCGCCGCUCAUCUACGUGGCCUUCCUCAGGGGCUUCUUUGGCUCGGAGCCCAAGAUCCUGUUCUCCUAUAAAUGCCAAGUGGACGAGACGGAGGAGCCAGACGUGCACCUGCCCCAGCCCUACGCCGUGGCCCGGCGGGAAGGCUUGGAGGCCGCGGGGGCUGUCGGGGCCUCCUCUGCCUCCUAUUCCAGCACCCAGUUCGAUUCCGCGGGCGUAGCCUACCUGGACGACGUGGCGUCCAUGCCCUGCCACGCGGGCAGCAUCAACAGCACCGACAGCGAUCGGUGGAAGGCCAUCAACGCCUAAGAGCGGCCUCCCUGGACCUGCGGGGAUGGGACAGACGGGACAGGGGGCCGAGGCCGGACUCCCAGGUGGAGCAGAUGAAGGGUUGGGGGCGAGGCCUGCACCUCCUGCCCUCCAGCUCCCAGUUCCCUUGGUGGCCAGUGCUCCAGCCGGGGACCCCUCGUCCUUUUUCCAUCCCCUCGCCCCGCUCAGCAGGCCAGACUGGUCUCCCAGGGACAGAACCUCAUUGCACAAGAUGGCUGCUGCCCACCUCCCCUCACUGCCCCACUCCGCAGCCACUGGUCUCCUCCAAGCGCACAGUGUGGGGGGCCAGCGGUGGCGUGUAUAUUUUCUUGAUUUAUUUUUUAAUAAAAUGGAAAAAAGAGUAGAA